UUCCGCCGUUGGCACGCUCAGUCGCGGUUUGCCGCCGGAGGGGCCGAUAUUGUGGUGUCGCUGGAGGCGUCGCUCCUUUGGAUCCGUGGCCUCGGGGACAACGAGCGCUUGUGUUUUUUUUUUUUGUCCGGGAAAGGAACUCGGCUCCUCGCCCCAAGGAGGAUUUACCGUCUGUGGACGCAGCCGUCCUGCUUGGGCUUUCUUCCCUUCCCGGCGUGUCGAAGCGAGUAGUCCGGUGGUCGCCCCCAGCAGGGCAGGCGGGCGGGCCAUGGAGGAAAAGUACCUGCCCGAGCUGAUGGCGGAGAAGGACUCCCUGGAUCCUUCCUUCACCCACGCGCUGCGACUGGUCAACCAAGAAAUCGAUAAGUUCCAGAAAGGAGAAGGCAAAGAAGAAGAAAAAUACAUCGAUGUAGUGAUUAAUAAAAAUAUGAAACUGGGACAAAAAGUAUUAAUUCCAGUAAAGCAAUUUCCUAAGUUCAACUUUGUGGGGAAACUUUUGGGCCCGCGCGGCAAUUCUCUGAAGCGCUUGCAAGAGGAGACAUUGACAAAAAUGUCCAUAUUGGGAAAAGGAUCCAUGAGGGAUAAAGCAAAGGAAGAAGAAUUGAGGAAAAGUGGAGAAGCAAAGUAUUUCCAUCUAAACGAUGAUCUGCAUGUUCUCAUCGAAGUGUUUGCCCCACCAGCUGAAGCCUAUGCCAGAAUGGGACACGCGCUGGAAGAAAUUAAGAAAUUUCUCAUUCCUGACUACAAUGACGAAAUCCGACAAGCGCAGUUGCAGGAAUUAACUUACUUGAAUGGCGGCUCAGAAAAUACUGAAGUUCCGGUAGUCCGUGGAAAGCCUCCCUUAAGGGCACGGGGAGGCCUAUCUCCUGCUUUGGCAAGGGCCCGUGGGGGUGUGCUGCCACCACCCUCCAGCAUUCCAAGAGGGGCACCAGCGCCCCGGGGAGUCCCCUCUGGCAGAGGUCCCGUCAGCCGCGGUCGUAGCCUUAUCGCUCCCAGAGCAAGAGGAGUUCUGCCAUCGGCAGGUUACCGACCUCUCCCGCCACUCCCGGUACAAGAUACCUACGGAGAAUACGAAUAUGAUGAUGGAUACGGCACUUCGUAUGAUGAACAGAGCUACGAUUCCUAUGAUAACAGCUAUAGCACUCCGGCACAAAGUGGUGGCGAUUACUAUGACUAUGCCCAUGGCUUGAACGAUGAGACGUACGAUUCUUACAGACAGGAAGACUGGACCAACGCAAGACACAAGGCUCCUUCGGCCAGGUCAACAAAAGGAAGCUACAGAGAGCAGCCAUAUGCAAGAUACUGAUUAUUCUGUCCGAUGUUGUGAAUUGCCCAAUCUCCACCAGUCCUGUAAACUGUUCAAAGUAAUUUUUUUCUAUGAACAAUCCCUUUUUAUUAAAAUCAAAGUGCUUAAUCUGAAUGGACGGACUGAGCUUAAUCUAUUUUUUGCUGACUGAAAAACCUGUACAGGAAGGAAGACAUGUGAAAUGAGCUUUCUUAUUUCUGGAUUGUAUUUGGGAGAGGGUGGGAGGGAAGGAAAAAAAAAAGGAAAAUAGGUGAUCAAAAAAAAAAAAAGAAAUACAAAAAGGAAAAAAAAAACAACCUUUAACUAGUGUUAAAAACAGCUAGGUUUACUAAACAUGUUAAUCUAUUAUUUUAACCUAAGCGUAACCUUUUAUUUUAAAGGUUUUCAACAAUUAAGUUCUUCUCUAGUUUUACCUUUCAACUAUUUUGCUAGUUUUUUCUCUUGCAAAACAUGCGUAAAAAAAAAAAAGGGAAAGAUCACAAAUGCAAAUAAUGUGGUAUUUUGUAAUUUGAGUCUUGAAAUGUUCUGUAGUGUUAAGCAAAGUUUAUUCUUGCUUGAUACUAAAUAAACUUUUGAAAGAAAAAUCA